CCUGAUACUGUUCUGCGCCCGGGGGAGGGUCUCUCCAGUCUCCGCUCUGCCAUAACUCGGCCGAGCCUUGGCAGGCGGACACCCAUCCUUUGAGAGAUGCACUGGAAACAUGAUCACUAAGGGAGCCUGAACGCAUUCCUCGGCUCCGGUCAGACGAUUCGACAUCUCCAUGCUCGCUGCGCUAUUCUCCAAAGACCAGACGAGCGAGCAGAGGAGAGGAGAGGAGAGGAGACGGGGCGUACUACAACAACAAGCCGGAGCCGACAUCAUCAGCCGCUGCAGCGUGAGCGACGAGGUCAUCAUAAAGCUACGGUUUCCAAGAGGUCCUCUGUUGAUCCGAAGCCCCAAGAACUCUGAAUAACGUUCCGGCACGGCCAUUAUCCCGACUCGUCUCUUCAUUCAUGUUUUUGAUUACUUCCAGGAUGUGACGACGAUUUAGGGAAGAAAACCUCCCCAGUAAAUCACAAAGACAGCAGCUAGAAUCACAUGAUUGCUAUGGAGUGACGAGUCACAGCAGCUUUGAGUGGACCUUGACAAUGGUGUUGUUUCUGAUUGGAUCCUCCAUCACUGUCAACAAUUCAUCUCAUGACAACCAAACUGCAGAAAACCCCACCCACCACGGUGAUCACGUCCUGCCCUCAACGCUGAUAAUAUCCCUGCUUCUUAUCAUUGUUGUCCUGCUUACAAUCUACUGCCUGAGGUUUAAAAACCACAGGAAAGCCCUGGUCACAUCCGUGGAUAAGAAGAUUCCAAAUGGCUUCUUGGAGGAACAAGGAGAGCAGACAGUGGUCCUCCUCCCAAGAUCUCCCUCGCAGUCCAAGAGAUACUUCCCGAUCCCUCUGGACUCGCUGGAGGAGGAGUACCGGAUACGCUCUGCAGAUGACGGCAAACUCUUCAGAGAGGAGUUCAAUUCACUGCCAUGUUACUACCACCAUGGGUCCUUUGAGGAGGCGAGCAGAGAGCACAACAGAGAGAAAAACAGAUAUCCAAACAUUUUACCAUAUGAUCAUUCCAGGGUGAUACUCAGUCAGCUCGAUGGACAUCUGUGCUCAGACUACAUAAACGCCUCUUACAUAGACGGAUAUAAAGAGAAGAACAAAUUCAUCGCAGCACAAGGUCCCAAGCCUGAGACACUGGCUGAUUUCUGGCGAAUGAUUUGGGAGCAAAAAACCACAACGAUAGUGAUGCUGACAAAUUUGAAAGAAAGAAAGGAGGAGAAAUGUUGCCAGUACUGGCCGGAAAAAGGCUGCUGGAUGUACGGAAAUAUCCGUGUGGCAACUGAAGACGUCAUUGUGCUGGUGGACUACACCAUCAGAAAGUUCUGUGUUCAAUAUCAGGGCAGCGAUGGCGUUCGAGCUCCUCGGUUGGUCACCCAGCUCCACUUCACCAGCUGGCCAGACUUUGGGGUGCCGUUCACACCGAUCGGAAUGCUAAAAUUCCUGAAGAAGGUCAAGGCUGUCAAUCCUUCAUAUGCUGGGCCUAUUGUUGUCCACUGCAGUGCCGGAGUUGGGAGGACGGGGACGUUCAUUGUCAUUGACAGCAUGAUCGACAUGAUGCAUAUGGAGCAGCGAGUGGACGUCUUCGGCUUUGUGAGCAGAAUACGAGAGCAGCGCUGUCAACUCAUCCAGACAGACAUGCAGUACUCCUUUAUCUACCAGGCUCUGUUGGAGUACUAUCUGUACGGAGACACUGAGCUAGAUGUAUGCUCUCUGGAGGGCCAUCUGCAAAGGCUUCACAACACCAGGGCCCCCCACGACAGGCUGGGCCUGGAGGAGGAAUUCAGGAAGCUGACCAAUGUUCGCAUUAUGAAGGAGAACAUGAGAACGGGGAACCUUCCAGCCAACAUGAGGAAGAACCGUGUGCUUCAGAUCAUCCCGUAUGAUUUCAACCGAGUAAUACUCUCAGUGAAAAGAGGACAGGAGUUCACCGACUACAUCAAUGCCUCCUUUAUUGAUGGCUACAGGCAGAAGGACUAUUUUAUCGCAACCCAGGGCCCCCUGUCUCACACUGUGGAGGACUUCUGGAGGAUGGUGUGGGAGUGGAGGUGUCACUCAAUCGUUAUGCUCACCGAACUCAAAGAAAGAGAGCAGGAAAAGUGUUUCCAAUAUUGGCCAUCAGAGGGCAGUAUAACAUUUGGAGACUACACAGUGGAGCUGAAACUGGAAACACAGUGUGAAACCUUCACGCGCAGAGAUAUGGUUCUCUCCAACAAGCCAGAGAAACAGUCGCAACACGUCCGACACUUCCACUUCCACGGAUGGCCCGAGAUCGGAAUACCAGGAGAAGGAAGGGGGAUGAUUGACAUUAUCGCUGCUGUGCAGAGGCAGCAGCAGCAGUCUGGAAACCGUCCCAUAGUUGUACACUGCAGCGCCGGCGCGGGACGGACUGGCACCUUUAUUGCACUCAGCAACAUUCUGGAAAGAGUAAAAGCCGAAGGCCUCCUGGAUGUAUUUCAGACAGUCAAGAGUUUACGCAUGCAAAGACCACACAUGGUUCAGACCGCGGAGCAAUAUGACUUCUGCUACAGAGUGGUCCAGGAUUUUAUCGACAUUUUCUCAGACUAUGCCAAUUUUAAAUAGGUCACUUUGUAUAUACAUCAGCCAAAUAAAAGUCUGCUUUGUUUUUCUUGAUGUUGAUUUGGAUAGCUUUUUACAUUUUACACUUGGCAUAACAGAACUAAUGAAAAUGUUAGGAGACCUUUGGCAUAGGAGAGCUCCAGGGCUAAAUCUCCCAAAAACAUGUAAUCUAACCUGAACAGAUUAAGUUUUCUGAAUUAAUUUAUGCGCUACUAUUGUAAUAAUUUCUAAAUAAAAUAAGUAAGUUUAUUGUGUAAAUAUUAUUUGUGCUCAACGAGAAACAGAAAGCUUCAUAUACGUUUAUUUCUGCUUUAUAGUACCUGACUUUCAGUCUGGGAUUCACUUAACAGCUGCUGCCUGCUGCAAUUAGAUUCAGCCUCACUAACUAACUUCUGUUUUGCCUGUGGCGAUAAAUAUUAGUGGAUUGGUGCCUGACUUGGCAACAUGCAAUUAGCUUGUAUUGGAACGGGCAGGAAGUAAUGUGUUAUAUCAAGAAUUCAGAUGCAUCAUCCCAGCCAAGCGUCGCAUUCUGCUUUUAAAAGAAUAGUUUUUAUAUAUUGUAUCGAGCCAGGUUUAAAUGCUUCCAUCUUGUGUAAAUCGGUGCCAUUUUGAUUAGACAAAGUUCUGAUCUUGAGAAACUGGUCACAAAGUGACACAAAUUAAAUUAUGGUAAGACAGUUGUUUGCCAUAUUUGUUUUUUCUUUUUUUUUUCUUUUUGUGUGUGUAACAUAUUUUGAAGAAGCAUUUCACAUAUAGAUUAGUGAACAAUAAUUUGUUAAAAGUCCAAUACGUUCAUGCAUUUUCUACACCUACCUAAUCAUGUUUAGGUUUCUGACACAAAAGCCACUUUCCAUUGAUUGAAAGGUUUGAGGCAUGGUAAACCCUGCAUAGUUCUCUGGUUUAUCAGAGGGACAACCCACAAACAAAUGUAUUGUGGACAGUGGCAGAAAACUAAAGUCAGAAUUCCUCUAAAAACCUUGAAGUACUGGAAAAUUAAAAUUAGUCUCUGGGAACAGAUUUAUUGUAAGCAGCAGAGGUUCUUGCAUGAAUGGCACCCUGGGUGAGCUCCACUUUUUGCACCAAAAAGACACUUUUCACCAGAAAAAAACAUUCACUUCUGCCCUCAAUAUAAUUAUAAUUGUUAAACAUACAACUUGAAUGCAAACAUUUUGGGGUUUGAAGUAGACUCCACCCCAUAUCUCAGUAAAAUUAGCCUGAAUAAAUAAAAGUAAAAUAUCAAAUGUAUACAUAAAUGUUAACUGCUUUGGACAGUUCUCCAAAAUUCUGAAUACAAUUAUCAGCAUACAUGAUAUUUUGCAUAAUUGCUUGAAAUUCUGCAGAGCAAACAAGCACAGACUAAUUAAAAAAACAAAAAACAAAAAAAAAAAA